AUGGGGCAAGAAGAAAGCCGCAACGAAGAGAUGGAUCUGGCUCAGAUUCAGGAGCUGUGCAUCGUUUUCAUGAAGGAGUGUCCGAGCGGUGCGCUGCACUUGCAUGAGUUCAAGAGGAUCUUCGGGGUCCAGAGCACCUCUGAGGAGGAGUCGCUCUACAUCGAGACCAUAUUCCACUCCUUCGACACAAAUAGGGAUAACGCACUGGAUUUCCUCGAGUAUGUCGCUGCACUUCAUUUGAUUUUGCGCGGGAAUCUCGAAGAUCGACUCAAGUGGUCCUUCAAGAUGUACGACAAAGACGGAAACGGCAAGUUGGACCGGCAGGAGGUGAAACGGAUCAUAAGGAUUAUUUACAAAAUCAAGCUUCAGAAGAGUGACAUCAGCAUGACUCCGACUCAAAUCUGUGACCGAAUCUUCGAACUGGUCGACCAGAAUAAUGAUGGUCAGAUCACGUUGUCUGAGUUCAUGGAGGGAGCUCAGAAGGACGAGUGGGUCAUGAACAUGCUGAAGCUGGAUGUCAACGCCACCAGCUGGGUCAUCCAGAACUGCGGAAAACUGCCGUGA